GAAAACUAUUACUCUUACCCUUUUAAUUUUCUGCAAGGAACUAAACUGUAUACAUUUAUGUUGUUAAAACUGUUACGUAAGAUGAUGAUACUACUAAAUAUUACAAUUUUACGUGUUUUAGAGUAGGAGAACUGUUCUUAUCUAGAGCAAUUAAACCCUGGCUAUGGUUUGAUAUUUUAUUCUUUUUUACGACAACUGGAAAGCAAUUUCUAUACCAUGCAGAAGGUCUCAAGAUGUUCGGAAAACAAAUAUUUGAGAAGAAAAAGCAAGAAUUUCUAACAACAAAACACAACAUAUCCCACGAUUUUAAUGAUAAUGCUGUCAAUGAAAGUUUUAAAAAGAAAAAAGUCUUCAUGGACCUGCUUCUACAUCAUUAUUUUCGAGAUCGCAGUUUGACAGAAGAUGAUAUCUUGAAUGAAAUUAAUCUCUUCAUGUUUGCUGGACACGAUACCACGGCUAUUAAUCUGUGCUGGAUUUUCUAUCUUCUUGGUCUUCAUCCAGAUAUACAGAAAAAAUUGCAAGAUGAAAUUGACUUGUUCUUCGGAGAAGAAAACGAUAGUCCUGUACAACCGGAACACUUAAAACAUUUUAAAUAUUUGGAUUGCGUGUUAAAAGAAUCUUUACGAAUUUACCCGAGUGUACCUUUUAUAGGGAGAGAGUUAUUAGAAGAUGUACAAGUUGGCAAUUAUUGCAUUCCGCGAGGGACUACUUGUAUGUUAUAUUUGUACGAACUUCAUAGAGAUCCUACAGUUUUUCCAAAUCCGGAAGUGUUCGAUCCCGAUAGAUUUUCCGUGGAAAAUUCUCAUUCCAGAAACCCAUUCGCAUAUAUACCGUUCUCUGCAGGAUCUAGAAAUUGUAUAGGCCAGAAGUAUGCUCAACUAUCAGUGAAAGUAAUAAUUAUUCGAGUAUUGCGUAAAUAUAGUUUAGUGUCUUUAGAUCCACGAGAUCGAAUUCUUGUGGGAAGUGAAUUAGUUCUUCGUCCAAAAGUACCACUGAAAAUGAAAAUCCUGCCAAGAAGAUAAUGAAUAAGUUUUUGUUAUGAAUUAUGAAAUAAA